AUGGCUAUUCAAUUCAUCAUAUGUCUUAACAAACAGGGUACUGUCAGAUUAGUAAGAUGGUACGAACAAUUGGAUUCAAAUGAGGAUACUCAACGUUAUAUUUCUAAUAUGUACAGAUUGAUUUCUGCUAGAGAUCAUAAGAAUCAAAGCAAUUUUAUUGAAUCCUUCACAGAUAAGACUAAAUUGGUUUAUAAGCGAUAUGCUGGAUUAUAUUUUAUUAUGGGAAUAGAUUUAGCAGACGAAGAGUCUAUAUAUCUUUCUAAUAUACAUCUUUUCGUCGAAGUUUUAGAUUCAUUUUUUGGUAACGUUUGUGAAUUAGAUAUCGUUUUCAAUUUUUACAAAGCUUACAUGGUAAUGGAUGAAAUGUUUAUUGGAGGAGAAUUGCAGGAAAUGUCAAAAGAUGUAUUAUUGGAACGAUUAGGCAAUAUGGAUAGAUUAGAUUAA